UUGACGAUGGCCCAAAGGUUGUGUUUGCUGCUAACGAUAACGGCGUGGGCGGGAUGGGUGGCUGGGCAGUCUCCCUACUGCAGCUUCACGCCCGAGCACACACUGUGCCGCGCGUCCGGCCUCGGCCCCACCUGCGGGUCCCAGGUGCCGGGGCGAGGCGUGAGUGCCCAGGACGCCGCCCUUAUCUUGGCGCAACACAACCAACUGCGGUCCCGGGUGGCCAUGGGGCAAGAGGGCCGUGGAGCGCCCGGGCCGCAGCCGCAGGCAGCCAACAUGAGGCUGAUGGAGUGGGACGACGAGCUGGCGUUAGUCGCUCAGGGUCAUGCCGAUCAGUGCAUCUUCGAGCACGAGUGUUCCGACUGCCGUCGCGUCUCGAGGUUCGGUGUUGGGCAGAACCUUUUCAUCAGCUUCCAGAGCAACUUCGACACACGCAUCCAGUGGGGGCGCGCCAUCAAGGCCUGGUAUGACGAGGUCGCGGAGUUCAGCCGUCAGCCAUUCAGCCGUUCCAGUAAGUCGUGCGACAGAGCGGAAUACAGAUUGAAAUUCUCGACUCCCGUGGGCCACUACACCCAGAUGAUGUGGUGGAGCUCUUUCCGGGUAGGAUGCGGCUUCACUAUGUUCCAGGAGGACGGCUGGUGGAAGAAGCUCUACACCUGCAACUACGGUCCAGGAGGAAACAUCAUUCUGAGUCAGAUGUACCGCCGGGGGUCGCCGUGCUCAGCCUGCCCCGCCGGAACCUCCUGCUCCCUCCAGUACCCCGGCCUCUGUGGUCCAGCAACCACCUCAGCCUUCGCCACCAACCAGGUCUUCCAGCAAAGGACGGGCCCUCCUGCCGUAAGACCUAACAUCUUCCCCCAAUUUUUCGCCGACAACCAAGAAACCGAGCAGCAAGAAUUUGAACCUGCAGAAACCGAGGUCGAACCCGCCGAGGUAGAAGAACCACAGGAGCAAGAGUUCAUCCCCUUUACGGGAGUUCAGCCCCAAGUGUCGGACCUUAUGCCUUUCCUCCAAAGGGCAGGAAUGAACACACAGGUGAUCCGCACUGCCUCCCUCGCCAGCGUCCAGGGAAUCAUCAACAAUCUCCCAGUGGGACUGAGGCCCAUCGUCCUCUUCAGGUCGGGGUCAGGCCACCUGACUGAGCUGGACGCCCAAACGCUCCUUCCCCUUCGGCGAGUUGGCCGUUCCACCACGACCAAGCUCCCCAACAAGGAGCCCAGCGUCCUCCUUACUUGCGACCUGGAUGUCUCGCCCUGCAACAUCAAGCCCGUAGGCGGCGUCUGGUCGAAGGGGAACACCGAGGCUGAAGGCAACUUCAACCAGGUUCAACUAAAUGCGGGAGAAGGAUCACAGGUGGUGGUGCAAGAGCUGGUGUCUGCUCCCACCACGGACGCCAUCUGCGUAGGACUCUCACACUGGCGCUCCCUCCUGCCUGAGGCCGAGCUCAACGGCACCCUCCCGGACGUCCAGAUCGGCGUGAUGCCUCUCCGCGGUGAGGUUUCUCGCCUUCCUCUCGCCGGCGCCUCGGGGGUGUGGGAGAUGAGCCGAGUGUCUUUCAACAACAUCACGACGCCCUUCCAGAUGCUUCUGACACUUGGUCCGACCAUGGACGCUUCCAAGGUAGCCGUGGACGCUCUGCAGGUCACCGACGGCUCGUGCUGUAUGUCCGGGGAAUGUUAGUUCUUAAGGCGAGGCGCCUCCGCCGGCCAGCGGCACCGGAUGCUGCUGGUCGCGAGGGCUCCGUGAAUGCAUGCUUCCUCACUUGUAUGUGUGCUGAUAUCUUCAUGAUGUGGCAAAUGGAUCACGACUUAUUUAUUUAGCAAUCAGCGACUGAGCUGUCUGACUAAGAACGGAUUUGGCUUGUUCAUAACACCGAAUCAUCUCUUGUUGAGGAGUCGAAUUACCGCAAGUCUGUCCAUUAGCCAUUAUAGCGGCUGCCUACGUUAGGUAAGGGACGGGUUGGCAUAAACACAUGGUGUAACAAAAAAAUUUACCUGAAAUUUAAAAUGCAAAAAAGCUUAUGUUGACUUGAUGAAUAAUGUAAAUAUUGUACAUUUGCUUACACGUGCCAUGUGAUUUUUUCCUGCGUUCCACUUUCUACUGUGAAUGAGUGUACUAGCGAGUUUAAUUCGUCCUAGUGUUACACCAGGUAUUUUAUCUUUUCUUUUUUUAUUAGCUGAUGGACCCAUAAAAAGGUUUGCGAAAAGAUAAAGACAAUUCGAAGUAUCAAAAAGUAACCAUUUUGCUGUACAUAAGAAUUGCAAAAAAAACUUUUAUUUGAACCUGUGUUUGACAGAGGUUCUACUGAUUGUACUAUUUAUUGUAUCUACUCAAUAAAUUUCCUGAAAAAAG